CUGUUUGAAUAUAUACAUUUAUUUUUUUAAAUGCUUAAGCUACAUAAUUUUGGGCAACUGAAAAUAUAAAUUGAUAAAAAUAAAAAUGCUUUCUGUCAAAAUUAUAACAAAAAUAAAAUAUUGUAGUCUGGACAGGGCCCAGGAAAAUAGGGGGUGUUUUUAAAAGCAUGGUAAAAUAUUUUUAUUAAUGCUUUUUAAACAAUACUUAGCACCUAGUGUAGAUAUGCCCUCAGUGCUAUGUAUUGUUUAAAAAUGUGUUAAUUUAACGCCUAUUAGCUAAUUUUUCCAGUCUAUAUGAGCCAUGGGUGACAGCAGGUUAAAGUGUUAAACAUACUAUAAAGUAACCUUUCAAAUGCAUGCCACUGUAAAGUUUAGUUUUAAUGGCUAUGAGAACAAUAGUCUAUUCAACAACUAGCUGGUUAAGCAUGGGGAUCUGUAACUUAGGAAACACAACAAUUGAUUCUGGGGUUUUUUUUAGUGUUCUUGUAGAAAGUAACAUAAAGCAAUGAAGAGGUGAUAGAAUAAGGUGAUUUAGUACUGCUGUCUCCUCUGGAAAUCAUAAUUCCAAAGCAUUUAUGUGGAAAACUGCAUGGUAUUAAUGUGAAUUAAAUCUAAAAGGUUGGAAGUCUGUGGAAAAGAAUGGGUUAUGAUAUUGAGCGUUUUGUUGGCUAUGUUAAUGAAGGACUUUUAUGCUGUAUAUGCCGAGAUGUAUUAGAAGAUCCCUUACAGGCUCCUUGUGAACAUGCUUUCUGUACUGCCUGUAUACAUGGAUGGCUUGUUCAUCACAAUAAUUGUCCUGAAGACAGACAAGCACUUGAUAUGUCUGUGCUACGACCUCUCUACAGAUACAUGAAAAAUGAUCUAAAUCGACUUCAGCUUCAUUGCAAAAACGGAGAGCAUGGUUGUGAAAUGGUUUGUUCUCUAGAAUCUAUAGACAGACAUGAGAGAGAAUGUGAAUACAGCCAGAUACCCUGCUCAAAUGCUGGUUGUCCAGUUCAGAUUGAACGACGUAACUUAGAUAGCCAUAUGGCGGUGUGUGAAUACCGGAGUCGUGAAUGCCCUAAUGGUUGUGGUUAUACCAUUUUCAGGGCAGAAGACACGCAGCAUAAUUGUGUAGCAGAGCUAAGAACAGAACUAGAACUGCUCCGGUCAGAAAUGAUCUGCAGAGUGGAGGAGGCAAAGCAUGAAAUGGAGUCCAGAUUAGAUUCACAGAGAAGGCAUAUGGUGCAAAAAGAGAGUCUUCUGCAAAAUGAAAUUGAAGAACUAAAGAGUCAGAUGUCACGAAUGAUGUCUGAAGUGCGCUCCCUUAUGGCUGCAGAGAGACAGCAUCGUCAAGAGCUGGAGCAAGCAGAGCUCGAAAAGCGUGAAUUAAUGGAGCUGCUGAAAGGCCUACAGAAAGACUGCCGAUUAAAUAAUACAGAAGGAAACAAGAAAUCAACAAACUUUCGCCCUCUAACACGACUGGAGAGUGUGAAACGAAAACCCAGGGAAGUUACAGUCAUCUAAACAGAAGUAUGAUAAAAGCUACUUGAAUGUUGUUUUACCCACAACAGACCUCAAUUUUAUACAAAGGACAUAUGAUCAGGUGGACUUCUAUAUUGAUACUAAAAUCUGGAACUAUACAAUGGCAAUAAUAGACCCACGGAUCUUGAAUCAUGGAGUUUCUUACAUUUUAGGACUGCAGGACACUGUCAUAUUUGAGCUCUCCAAAUUUCUAGACAGUUAGACCCUGAGCAUGUGGGUGAAACCCACCAGCCAGACAUCUGAAAUAUAUGCAUGAUGAAAGAAAGCCCCAUGUUU